AUGAACUUGCCAUCGACACCAAGUAACAUGACUCUGUUUACGGAGUCUCCCCAGGUUACACCAAACCCUACCUGGAUCUGGACGGUGGAUGAUCUGGAGCUACAACACCAUUUCAUGACCUCAGACGAGCUUUGUCCAGGUGAUCCGAUUCUCUGGAGGGUCAAGGUACCAAAACUGGCCUUCGGAAACCACUGCGUUCUUCACCUGUUGCUAGCAGUUUCAGCGCUUCACAUGGCACGGAACAAACCAGAUGAGGCAAGCCGUUACAAAGCCAUCGCGGACGGCCAUUACGGUGUUGGACUUCGUCAGGUCAUGGAUAUCCUACCGAACCUGAACAGGGAAAACUGCGGGGCGCUGUACAUCGCCACAACACUCGUGUGUUCGUACAGCUUCGCUUCGGGACCAAGCCCGGGUCAUCUCCUGAUCAUAUCUGAUGGUACAGAGGUAGCCUGGGUCGAACUACUGCGGGGCGUGAAGAUGGUUGUGGAAACAAUGGGCUUUGAGGCCAUCUUCGCUGGUGCUCUAGCCCCAAUGCCGACAGAGCAGCCACCCAAAGAACUACCGCCUUCCGAAAUGACGGAAAGAGUGGUUCUAUGGGAGCCGGCUCUGCAAAGAAUUGCUGAUCUAGUAGCCGUGUCCAAUGAUCCUGACACAGGGAUAUACGAGAAGAUGCUGACGGAUCUGACUUCGUGUUUCCAGCAGACUUGUGGCACAGCGAAAGAACCAAGACACGCAAUCGAUGGAAAGAUGGAAAUUAUAAUUGGGUGUGUUUAUCGCACUGAGGAUGAAUUCGUUCAAUGUUUGAAAGACAAGAAACCCUUUGCGCUUCUUAUACUGGCGCAUCUUGUCGUACUUAUCAAGAAGCUGGAGUGGCUGUGGUAUAUGACAGGCUGGGCGAGCCAUAUUCUUCACGGCGUUGCCUUGAUCUUGGGCCCCGACUUUUCGGAAUAUCUGCGUUGGCCAAGAGAGGAGAUCGAGAGGUUGAACGAGGAAAGAAUCCACAAGAAGCAGUCCGACAGCAGCAACAACUAG